AUGCAAUAUUGCUUAUUAUGGAGGUGGAAGGCUGUUACCCACCAUUGUUGGCCCUCUGGAUUGGAAGAGACCCGUGGCGUUGCAGCUGGUGCAGGGGUAGAGCUAAGAGAUAUCGUGAUGCUCAAGGCUCGCUACGAUUUGGCUCACAUUCGUGAUGACGGCUCAACUCAGAAACAACACACAAAAAGCAGCAACACCUGCAGAAUGUACCAGUGUGAUCAUACUUUCUGA